UUAAAAAUCAACGGCGCAUAUCAAUUCUUUCUACCCGUUUGUAGGUUUAAAAUGUUAUUAGGGUUUCCAUAGUCUUUCCAAACACUUCAGAAAACCUGCGGGAGAGGAAGACGAAGAACUAAGCACGAAGAACUAAGCUAUGGGUGCUUACAAGUACGUGUCAGAGUUAUGGAGGAAGAAACAAUCCGAUGUGAUGAGGUUCUUGCAGAGGGUGAGGUGUUGGGAAUAUCGUCAACAUCCUUCAAUUUGCCGUGUUACCCGUCCUACUCGUCCUGAUAAGGCUAGGCGUUUGGGUUACAAGGCCAAGCAGGGCUAUGUCAUUUAUCGUGUACGUGUUAGACGUGGUGGUCGCAAGAGGCCUGUUCCAAAGGGUAUUGUGUACGGUAAGCCUAAGAACCAAGGUAUUACCCAAUUGAAAUUCCAAAGGAACAAGAGGUCAGUUGCUGAGGAACGUGCUGGACGUAAAUUGGGCGGGCUCAAAGUUCUCAACUCCUACUGGAUCAAUGAGGAUUCUACCUACAAAUAUUUUGAGAUCAUUCUUGUGGAUGCUGCACACAAUGCUAUUCGUAACGACCCCAGAAUCAACUGGAUUUGCAAUCCUGUUCACAAGCAUAGGGAACUUCGUGGUCUCACAUCUGCUGGAAAGAAAUACAGGGGUCUGCGAGGUAGGGGACAUUUGAACACCAAGGCAAGACCAUCCCGAAGGGCCACCUGGAAGAGAAACAACACUGUCUCUCUCCGUCGUUACCGUUAGAUUUUGGUUUCAUGCUUUCUUGUUGUGGAUUUCUAUGGUACUUCUGAAUACUCUAGUACAAUUUUGUGGUUCUAUAGAUUGCUGUUACAUCUUGAUGCUUAAGCUACCCUACUUUUGAAGUGAAGAUUAGAUACUAUUUUUUUCAUUUAAGCAAUUUAACAUUUGCUUUGUUGCUGUAUUGUUAGU